UUUUGGAGCCUUGCGUGCAGCUAAACACAUAGUAUUGAAGAGAAAGCUUGCUGAAACAAGCCUCCAGAUUGGCAGGUUCCUGCAGCUUGAUCAGGAGAACAAGAAGCUGAAGGAUAAGCUUCGUGACAUGCAUGAAUUGUCACAGACAUUGCGUGCUGAUUGCGCGGGUUACCAGAAGGACAUGUGUGCCACGCUGGCUGAGCUGAAUUCACUCAAGCAGCUUUCCAGCAGCCAAUGUGCGGAGCUGGCACGCUUGAACCAGGAGCGAGAUGAGGCGUACCAGGCACACCAGGUGGCACAGACAUCGCUGCUCAGUUGCCAGGCCGCCCUGAGGCAGUAUGAGGCACUUAUCCAACAGCAGCAGGAGGAAGCCAAAAGCAAGGUUCGGCCCAGGUCCAAGACCCAGGAAAAUCGAGUAUCCGUGCUGGAAAAGAAGCUUCAGGCAUACACCCAGCAAGUGAAGCAGGCACGCUCCCAGCGCAAGAAAGCAAUGGGCUGGCUCCGAGGCUUUGUUGAACUGCUGGGACAUCCAGAGUCUUGGACAAGCGCAAAGUUGCGGCUGCAAGUGGAGCGCCUUUCCACCCUUGUGCAUGCUGAGGAAAGCCCAGAUGAAGACUUGCAGUGUGGUGCCCGUCAGCUGGAAGCAUUUCUUGAAAGUUAUGCAACUUCAACAAAAGAAUUAACUGGAGAAGAUCUCAUUACAAAAGCAAGAGAAAUGCAAGUUCCAAAUCCAUUGUCUCCAUUGCCUCCAUCGCCACAAUCAGAUUGGAUGCUUGUGCCAGAUCCAGUGCCAUUUGUGUCAUCAUACUCCACGCUACUAUCAACUUCAUCAGAGCCAGAGCCUCCAACACCUUGGCUUGAGCUUAGCCCAUCAGCAGUUCCAUCAGACCAUAUGCUACCAGCACCAUCAUCUGAGCAAAUGCAAUUAGAAUGCGCAUCAGAAGUAGUUCCAACCGCGCCUAUGUAUAAUGUAAAUACUUUGACACCCCUGUCAGAACUUGUGCCACCACCUGUGCUGCCAACAGUCACACACAACACUGCUUCUGAAGUGAAAUUGUUGGACUCAGUUUCACUAGUGCCCCAUCUAGAACCAUUGCAGCAGGCAUGCCUGUCGAAACCAGUGCUGCUAGGGCCUUCCUUGGAGCCAUUGCUACUAACAUCAUCGUCGGAUGGGAUUCCACCAGCAACCCCGUCAACAUCAACACCAUUGUCAUCUAUGUCGGAUCCUGCGAGGCUGACACAACAUUCGGAGUCAGCACCACCUCCUUUAUUGGAAUCAGAAUCAACACCGGUGACUGCCAUUUCGGAACCGGCAUCACCCACUUCUUCAUUUGGACAAGAACCAACAUCGGUGACCGCCCUGUCAGAGCUGGCAUCACCUGCUUCUUCAUUGAAACCAGAGCCAACAUCGGUGAUUGUGCUGUCAGAACCAGCAUCACCUGCUCCUUCAUCAGAACCAGAGCCAACGUCAGCACCACCUGCUCCUUCAUUGAAACCAGAGCCAGCGUCAAUGAUUGUGCUGUCAGAACCGGCACUAUCUGCUGCUUCAUUGGAACUAGAGCCAAUGUCGGCACCAGCUGCUUCUUCAUUGAAGCCAGAGCCAAGAUCGGUGAUUGCCUUGCCAGAACCGGCACCACAUGCGUCUUCACUAGAACCAGAGCCUACAUCGACGAUUUUCCAAUCAGAACUGGCACUAUCUGCUUCUCCAUUGGAACCAGAGCCAACAUCGGUGAUUGCCCUGCCAGAACCGGCACCACCUGCUUCAUCGAAAUCAGAGCCAGCAUUGGCACCAGCUGCUUCUCCAUUGGAAGCAGAGGUAACAUCAAUGAUUACCCUGUCAGGACCGGUACCAUUGGUUUCUUCAUUGGGACCAGAGCCCACAUCGGUACUUGCCCUGUCAGAGUUGGCACCACUUGCUUUCUCAUUGAAACCAGAGGCAACAUUGGCAUCACCUGUGAUUUCAUCGGAACAAGAGCCAACGUCGCUGAUUGCCCUGUCAGAAGCUGCACCACCUGCUUCAUUGGAACUGGAGCCAACAUCGUUGACUGCCCUGUCAAAACUGACAUCACCUGGUUCUUCAUUGAAACCAGAGCCAGCAUCGAUGAUCGCCCUGUCAGAACUGAUACCACCUGCUUCUUCAGUGGAACAAGAAACAACAGCGGUGGUUUCUGUAUCUGAAUUGGCACCACCAGUAUGCUUGUUGAGACCAGUGAUGCCAGUACCCUCACCAGUGCUGGCCAUAGCAUCAUCUUCAUCGGACUUAGCGCCGACAGCACCUCUGUCAAAACCAGUAGUGAUUACACCUUCGUUGGAGCUGGGGCGGCAGGUGUCUGCAGCAAUUCCUGCAGAGCUGUUGCAGCAGUCAAAACUAGGGCUGCCACUGCCAUUGCUGGAACCAGUGUCACUGACACCAACAGAGCCAAAGCUACCUACAUUGACAUCAGAACCAGCAUACAAGGGCUUAAAAUCGCUUGCCAAUCAUUCUAAGAGCUCGCAUGUUGUUGGCACAACAAACAAUAAGCUCCUGAAAAGAUCCAGUGGCCUUGAGCAACACUUGUGUGUGCAACAAAUGGAGGAGAGGCAAGCUGGUAGGGAGCAGCAGAGAUGCAUAAGCCGCAUUGGAGGAGCUGGUGCUGUUACACGGCUGAGCGAGGAGCAAUCAGCCGGGCCAAAUAUGAAGGCGUGUAAGCCCUUGACAGAUAGGAGCAAUGUUCAGCAUGAGAGAUUGGCGCUGGAAGGAGAACCACCCUUGGAGGCAGUGCAGAAGGUGGCCAAAGGUAUGGACACAGGCUUGUCGCUUUGCCCCAUGCGGGAACAACAGUCGUCUCCUGAGGAAGAACUGUUAGUGCAUGAGGGGCAGCAUGCACCGAUCCCGUGUUCAACUCAAAGACAGCAGGAACAAGAGCUGGAAUCUAUGGUAGAAGUGCUGCCAAAGAGGAAGCAGUGGUUGGCCAGGAAGAGGCAGCCACCAGACCUCCUGUCAGCAAGUGAGAGAAAGCGUGCACUGCAUGGCACUGGUGUGGACCAGCAAUUGAUGAAUCCACAGCUGAAGCAGGGAGGCCAUGAGCAGGAACAGCCACAAGACAGCAAAAAGCGUCUGGCUGAUGUGCAGGAUCACGCACCCACCGGCAAGAAGCCCCGCCUCAGCAAGCGCCAGCUGCGUGAGCUCUUCUCAUCCAGCUCCGAAGAGGAUGAAGCUUCAGUAGCAGAGGAAAGUGCAUACACCACAUUUCUUUUGAGUGCUGAGCACACAGUCCUGAGCAGAACAGCAUCUGGCAGACUGCUUGCCGCAAAGACAGCGCACACAGCGAUGUCCAAGUUAUCGUGGCUCGCAGUGCAACCUGAGGUGCGGCCAGGAGUGGUGGCCUCCUUUGUGCGCAACGUGAAACGCGAUGCGCUCAUAUAUGCCGCUCUCCUCUACCUAGGCCGCUGCAAGGCUAACCCGGUGGCAGCAUAUUGCCGUGGUGAGCAGGCACCGCCACUCAUCACCAAGCUUGAAAUGUUGCUGAUUGAGGCACUGGCGCUCAAGCCAGAUGGGUUCGCUGCAUUGUUGUCUUCCUUGCGGGCACGAUUGUGGAGCCCACGCAGGCCAACACGGAUGCUGGCACAGGCAUCGUACGUGCGCCUACUCUGUGCAGUGUGCAGCCAGCUCAAAGAGCACAAGGUGGCUCGUGUCGCCAUCUGGGACCUGUUGUGCUCUGACCAUGCUCCUUUUCUGGUGGCGUCAGCUGUGGGUGCCUGGCCUGGUCUGCUUUCUGCAUUGCCACCUGGGCCAUUGCGGAGGGCUGUCAGCUACAUUCUCCUCCACAGUCCGGCACACUCUCUCAACAGCACACUGAUGUCACAGGCCCACAAGGUGCUGUGUGAGCUGGGUCCCCUGGAGGAAUUCGUGGGAGAUGAGCAGACGCUUGUCAACGAGCUGCUUGGCCCACUUUUGCCUCCACACCGGCGGUGCGGAGAUGUCUGCAUGACACAUCGCCUGGCACUGGAGCAGCUGUGCAGGCGUUCGCCGGUGGACCUGCUAGCUUGGCUGCUUGAACAGCGGCUGGGCCCCCAUCUGCAGUCCGUGCUAGACCAGCCCCACGCUGCCUGCCUCGUCAGGCUGCUGGGGUCGCUGUGGAAGCAUUAUGAGAAAGCAGCCAUCAAGCUGGAGAACCUGCUCAGUCGGCUGGAAAGCUUUCUCUGCCAUGGAGAACCGGCAAUGCAAGAGGCAAUUGUUCAGGCACUUUUGCUGCUGCCUGGCCUUAAAGGCAGUCGCAGUGCUGGGGCCCUGAUGCACUGGCAGCAGCAGCAACCAUCUUAAGCUUGUAUAUGCGGCAGGCUUCACAAAGCCGGUGAUUUGUUGCCAUUAAUGUAUGGCGCACAAGAAAAACAAACAAAUAAAAGAUGCCCGCAACCUGAGUAAACCACGUAAGUGAGUAUGGUGGCAUCCACAAGGGAAGACUGCUGCUGAGGGUCCGUCUUAAGGCGUAUGGCUGGCGUCUGUGCACCUUGCCUAGGUGGCAAUAUGCCAAGAAGGAAAUGGGCAAAUUGCCAUCUUUUGAACGGCAUCUGCACGUGCAACUGGAACUGCAACUGGGACUGCACUGUGUGCUCCUGAAAAGGCCUCCAAACCCAAGUUUUCAGUUUCAGGUUGCCACUAACAAGGGGCUCUCUGUCUUCUUUGAACGUGUAUAUAUAUAUAUUGGUGCAUGAAAUAAAGAGUGGGGACAUGCAGGUGCACUUGCUCCUGUAUGUGUGGGCCCCGAAAUGUGCUGAGUUCUUUA